GGGGCUAAGGGCUGCGGUGUCCCAGCAACCCAGCAUGGCGGCGGGCGAGCAGCAGGGCCGCAGCUACCUGCAGCGGCACCGGGUCCCCGAGCUGCUGCACCGCCUCUGCGCGCUCGUGCUCUACCACAGGCCCGACAGCCCACGGGAGUUCCUGAUCCAGGCGCUGGAAAAGGUGAAGGCCGGGCGGAGAGCAGAGGGCGAGUACCCGAACCUCAUGGAUGAGACCAACGUGGUGGCCAUGUUCAGCUUGCUGGAUGUGGUGGGCCAAGGGCACAUAACGGCAGCGCAGUACAGGGAAGCUCUUAAAACUUUGGGACUGACCACUGAGGAUCUACAGAUUGAAGAUGAUGCGAUUGUCACACUGGAUGUAUUCACACAGGAAGUGAAGAAAAGGAUGCUGGAGAGCUGGGCUGUGCAUUAGCUUCAGUCUGCUACAUGUAUU